UACGCUAAGCUGGAUGUUGUCCGAAGCAUCGGCCAGCCGCAGCACGGCCGGCGUGGUCGACAUGGCAUCGCCGCACCAGUCAGAGGUGAACACGGCCAGGCGCACCGGUUUUUCCAGACCAUUGAAGUAGUCGAGCACCGCAGCGGGAAUCUCGGUACCGGCGUGUAUCUGAAUAAAUGGAUCCUUGUUGACCUUGAUCGAUUCGAUGUACUGCUCAGUCGUCAUGCCCUGAGCCAACUUUUCAGCUGUCAAUUCCAUUGGUGCACCUCAUCCUGGUUGGCCAGCCGCAUUUUGCCCUUGUUGCCGGCCAGUGCUAAAAUCGGCGUUGGAUACUGGAUACUACCACCCGCCGGGUGCGCGGGUCGAGGGGAGCCGCCUGUUGACUAACGAUCGUUCGGGAGUGUACCUGAAAUACGCGCUGUUUUGCCGGGAUACCGCGGAGGGCGAUGGGGACGACCUGAGCUGCACCGGAAUUAUCGACCUGGUGGACAUUGAGAUGCCAGCUGAACCCCCUACCGGCGACGCGCCCCGGGUGCUGGCCGACGUGGAUGUACAACUCGUGUUUUGCAUCGCCGGCGCCAGCCCCGGUGAACACACGUUGGAAAUCAGCAUCCGCGCCCCUGGCGCCAGCCUCUCCAGCCCUCCGCCGCAGCAAACGGAGUGGGAGGACGGGGUUUUCUUCCAGCGCUGGAUCAAGCCGUUCCGCAUCCCGGUAACGCGGCUGGGUCGCCAUGUGGCUGCCAUCGCUUACGACGGAAUGCCGUUGGGCGAGGCCAGCUUUUUGGUACGGCUGAAGCCUUAA